AUGCCCCAGUUACUGAGAAACAUUAACGGGAUCAUCGAGGCCUUUGGGCGCUACGCCAGGAUGGAGGGCAACUGCCAAGUGCUCUCCCGAGGGGAGCUGAAAAGACUCCUGGAGCAUGAGUUUGCAGAUGUCAUCGUGAAACCCCACGACCCCGCCACUGUGAAUGAAGUCUUUCGCCUGCUGGAUGAAGAUGACACAGGGACUAUAGAAUUCCAGGAAUUCCUGGUCUUGAUGUUUAAAGUUGCACAGGCCUGUUUCAAGACACUGAGCAAGAGUCCCCAGGGAGCUUGUGGAUCUCAAGAGUUUGGAAGCCAGCACGCCAGGGCCUCACAAGAGCUUGGAGAAGGCCAAGCCAGUGCCACUGACACAGGGAGGGUUGGGUCAGGGCUGCAGCAAGAGGGGAGCAGCCAGGGACAGAGCAAGCAGACUUCCAGAGGGCAGGACAGGGCCAGGACUCAGAUCCAGAGUCAAGAUAACAGCUCGACAUAUGACAGGCAGACUGAGGCCCAGAGACAGGAGGGAACAAGUCAGCAGACACAGGCCAGCGGGCAUGAGGGACAGACCCAGAGCAUGGAGGACAAGAAUCGGCAGACCAGAGAGAGUAGAUCGGAGAGUCAAUCACAGGCCACGGAGCAGGACAGAGCCCCCCUGACAGGUGAGACCAAGACAGGAACUGCAACUCACGCCCAAGCAGGUGCCACUCAGACCGUGGAGCAGGACAGGAGCCAGCAGACCAAAAGCACCAGCAAACAGCCACAAGAGUCCCCCCAUGGUCAGACCAGGGAGCCUGAGACGCAUGGUCAAGACAGUAGCCAGACCAGCCAGGUUGUGCCAGGAGGACACGUCCAGACACAGUCACGGUCAUACACCAAGACCACCCAGACGAUGCAGCAGGGCACAAACCAUCAGACAGGAAGUACCAGCAUCCAGACACAGGGGUCCUCUGAUGGUCAGACCAGGAGGCCUGAGACCCACAGUCAAGACAGCAGCCAGACCAGCCAGGCUGUGACAGGAGGACAUGUUCAGACAGAAGCAGGAUCGCACGCCCAGACUGUGGAGCAAGGCAGAAGCCAGAGUGAGAGCCAUACAGGGGCUGGAGCACAGGGGCAGACCCAGACACAGCCUGGCGCUGGUCAAAGGUGGACACAUGUGAGCAACUUUGAGGCAGGAGAGUCAGCACCGGGAGGACAGGCCCAGACAGGGGCGAGUGUUGUGACAGGACGACAGGAAGGGAGCAGUACGCACUCCAGCAGCAGUGUGACAGGCGGGCAGGGAGAGAGACAGCCCCCAGUGGUCACCAGUGAGUGGGUUGAUGACAUCACACGGGAGCUAGUGAUUGAAAGGCAGGACCGGGACAGCAGGCACACCAGCACCCCCUCUGCAUAG